AUGUCCGACGCACGAUCUCUCCUACGUGCGAAGCGGCAAGAGGUGCGCGUCAACCACCCACUCGCCUCCUAUUCCGUCGCCGGACAACUGCGCUGCAUCGCAUGCGGAAUCAACAUCAAGCAGGGCACGUCCUGGGAGGGCCAUGUCGGCAGCAAGCAGCACCGCACGAACGCCGCGCGGCUGAAGGAAGAGGAGCAGCGGAGAGCGCAGGAGGAGGCACUCAGGCAGAAGCGGAAGGCGGAGGAGGAGCAGUCCGAUGAGGAGGAUGAGGGAAUCGAGGCUAAGCGGAGGAGGGUAGGUGGCGGUUCGGCGGACGAGGACGACGCAGAUGACGACCAACCACAACCUGCAUCGCCGGCCGCGAAGGGAGGGUUCCCUGCAGACUUCUUCUCAGACCCAUCGCGCGCACCGCUGCCGCCCUCCGAGGAUACAGACGAAGAAGACGCACCAGGUGCGCGCCCUGCGCCGGCCGCACUGGCCACGAAGGGCGCAAUGGACGAAGAGUGGGAGCGGUUCCAAGCAUCGGUCGUCAACGCCCCCGACGUCCACGAGGCGUACGAGCGGGCAACCGUCUUCGCUGAGCCUGAGCUCGCGCCAGAGGUCCCGGAAGGCUUCCCGCCGCAGGCAGCAGACGACACCCAGGAUGAGCAGAACGCUGUGCCGGAUGAGGCAGAGAUUAGGAGACGAAAAGAGCAAGAUGAACGGGAGUUGAUCAUGGACAGGUUAUGGGAGGAGGAGCGCGUACAGGAGGAGGCAGACGCGAAGGUGUCGCUGUUGAAGUCGAGGCUGGAGGCAGUCAAGAGACAAAGGGAAGCCAGAAAGGCGAUGAAGGGAAAGAGCGGACAGACAUAG